CGGCACCCUACAAUAAUAACACACAAUGCAAAAAUGAGCUGUAAAAAUCGUGCCUGUCGAACCCAACAAAAUUAUCAUAGGUGGACCAAAACUGGAUGGCUAGGACUACUCACUGACUGAGUAGAAAAUGUGAUGUGUUGGCCAACUGAUCGCUAAAGAGAAAAAGCGCAAGGAAUGUUGAUCUCGCGCUUUGUGAUACUGAAGCAUUUGCUAAGACCUUGGAGAAAGUUUAAACAACAUUUGAUCGCUACCUCGACAAACAGUAUUCGGCCGUCUUCUUAUGACAUUGUUCAGCCCUGGCUCUUCCAGGAUCCCAGCCCGUGGGUCAACAUUCAGACAGUUCCUAGCCAUAUCCGGGCGCCGUCAUAUGGCGAUGGAACUCCGGUUGGCCAGCAUAAAAAGCAGACCGAUCUGCACAAUCCAGAACGGCUUGCAGGCAUCAGGCGAUCCUGCCAGUUAGCAAGGAAAACACUGGAGUAUGUUGGGAAACACGUCAAGCCAGGGGUUUCCACUGCCGACUUGGACAAUGUUGCCUUUGAAUUUAUUGUCAAGCAUAACGCAUACCCCUCGCCGUUGAAUUACAGUGGAUAUCCGAAGUCUAUCUGCACGUCGGUUAAUAAUGUGGCAUGCCAUGGCAUACCGGACAGUCGACAGCUGAUCGCGGGAGAUAUUGUCAAUGUUGAUGUCACGGUGUUCCUAGGUGGAUAUCAUGGAGACUGCUCAAAAACGUUUCCCGUUGGCGAAAUCGAUGAAAAAGCGGAAAAGCUCUUGCACAUCACUGAAUUAGCUUUGAGAAAUGCCAUUAGCAUUUGUCGGAACGGUCAAUCAAUGUCCGAAAUCGGUGAAAUAAUAGAGAAAACGGCUUCGGACCACGGUUACAGCGUGAUUCCGUUUUUCUGUGGUCAUGGGAUCGGUGAAGAUUUCCAUAUGUUGCCGGAUGUUAUACAUCGUGCCAAUAUCGAUGAAACUAUCAUGGAAACAGGAAUGGUGUUUACAAUAGAGCCGGUUGUUUCGGAAGGAAGCGAUAAGAUUACUAUUCUUGAGGAUGGUUGGACAGCUAUCAGUGUGGAUAACAGCAGAAGCGCCCAGUUUGAGGAAACUAUCUUAAUUAAAGAAGACUGUGCCGAAAUACUGACCGUUGCCCAUGAUACGAUUGAGAUUGCUGACUUGAGCAGAUGAAGCGUGAAAUAUAACACUACUUUUAGAGCCGCUAAGUGAUCCCGUAUUCUUCCGGAGAAGGUUUGAAUGAUGAUAAUUUAUCCAUGUGGACAAACUUUAGACUGGUUCAAAGGUUUUUUUUAUCUGUGUCUUGCACAUUCGGGAUUCACUGAAAAUACCAAAAUUCUGAGGAGAAUAAAAUUUCAUUUAACAAAUGCGAACAUGAAUAUUCAAAGUAA